GCUGCCGAAACCGAGAAAGCAAGAGUUGAAUAGAUCCUCACUGGAAUUCAUAGUCAAUCUUUUUAAUGUGAAGAGGGAAAAUGACUGCUGGUUCAGUGUGUGUCCCUCAGAUAAUACCACUACGAGUGCCUCAGCCUGGAAAAGCCAACCAUGAAAUUGAUAACAAUACACUUUUGGAAAUGAAAUCAGACACUCCAGAUGUCAAUAUAUAUUAUACCCUGGAUGGCAGCAAACCUGAAUUUCUAAGGAGAAUUGGUCAUGGUGAAAAUAAUACAUUUAAGUAUAAGAAGCCUAUUACUCUUCCUGAUGGAAAAAUACAAGUUAAAGCUAUUGCAGUCUCUAAAGACUGCAGACAGAGUGGCAUUGUAACAAAGGUGUUUCAGGUGGACUAUGAACCACGAAAUACAGUCUUAUCAGAAGACAUGGAAAAUCUCAAAGACCCUUCAAAGCAGGAACUGAAAAAUGGAUUUAUUGGAUCAAAACUAAGGAAGAAAUGUAAGGAUGCUGAGAAUAAACUGGAUUGGAGUGUUAGUCUUAGAAAAUUUCCAGACCUUGAGGUAGGUGAAAGAACUGACCCUAAGAUUUGGAAAGAUCUUCGCUUCUCUGAGAGUCCGCCGGAGACCUACCGUGAAGAAGCUGGUUCUAUAACGCAUGCCCAUCAGUCCCAGUUCUCUAGUUUUGCACACAUAAAUGACCAGAAGAGUUUGACAAGCACAGAAAUUAUGAGAAUUCAAAGGGAGACAGACUUCCUCAAGUGUGCCCACUGCCUUACCCCCCGCCCAUCUGAUCCUUUUGCACGCUUCUGUCAAGAAUGUGGCUCUCCUGUCCCACCCAUAUUUGGCCAUCGUCUCCCGCCCCCAGAGGGAGCUCAGAUGGGGCUAUGUGCAGAAUGUGGAAGCCUGGUGCCCAUGAACACGCCCAUCUGUGUGGUGUGCGAGGCUCUUCUCGCUCCGCAGCUGCAGCCGCAGGCCAGCCUCCACCUGAAGGAGAAAUUAAUCUGCCGUGCCUGUGGCACAGGAAAUCCUGCUCACCUGAAGCACUGUGUCACCUGUGAGGGGGCCUUACUUUCUCCACAAGAGUCCCUGUACAGGGGAGCUAAAGCCCCUCAUAUGCCCACUCAGAAAGGGGAGACCAUUUCCGGCUUCAAAUGUGGUCGCCAGAAUCACCAGGAAGCUUGCUUCUGUGACUGGUGUGGAGCCAUGCCUGCCUCUCCUGUACGCUACUCUGUUUGUGCUAAAUGCGGGGCCAGCAAUCACCCAUAUGCCCGAUUCUGUGGCUCCUGUGGUAUUUAUGUGAACUACUUGACAAGACUCAGCAUGGACAACAGUCUGACUCUGGCUGCUGGAGAAUCGGGCCCUUUUGUUAAGCCUCGAUCUGCCUGGCAGUCCCUAAGUGUUCCUUUGCACAAAUCUAAACCUGGGACUAAGAAGAAUGUGGGCACACAGACUGCUGGUCUUUUCUACCCAUCUGGCAAGCUACUAGCAAAAAAGGAACUGCAAAUGGCUUCUCAAAAGCAGAAACAGGAGAAAAUGAGUGACCACAGACCUCUCCUCACAGCUGUCAGUCCAGGAAGAGGAUACUGGAGAAAACAGUUGGAUCACAUCUCUGCUCACCUCAGGUCUUAUGCUCAAAACAACCCUGAAUUUCGCGCCUUGAUUGCAGAACCCAGGAUGGGAAAGCUUAUUUCUGCUACUGUCCAUCAAGAUGGCUAUGAAGUUAGCAUCAGGCUGAACUAUAUUCAAGUCUCAAAAAAGAACCUUUACCUCGGCAAGGCGGUGAAUUUCAGCGACCACUUUCUGAGCGGUGUCACUGAGGGUGGUAAUGGGCUGUUCAGCAGCAGGUCCAGCUUGGCAAGUGACUACAGCCAGAGCACAUCAGACACCACUGAAAAUAUCAAGAAGACAAAGAAUUUCAAGAUCAAAAACUUUCAAGAGCAGAAGGAACACUUUACACCUGAAAAUAGACUUCUGCUGAAGGAAGUUGGACCAACAGGGGAAGGAAGAGUCUCUGUGAUUGAACAGUUGCUUGAUGAAGGUGCAGAUCCCUGCUGCAGUGAUAGUGAAGAUCGACCUGUUAUAGCCGUUGCUGUUGUGAAUAAGCACCACGAUGCCAUCCCGGUUCUUGUGCAGAGAGGAGCAGACAUAGACCAGCAGUGGGGACCGCUCCAAAAUACAGCUCUUCAUGAAGCAACUCUGCUUGGCCUGGCUGGAAGGGAGUGCAUUGCUGCUUUACUGAGGUGCAAUGCAAGCAUCCAAAAGAAGAACACAAGAGGUGAGACAGCAUACGACCUGGCUCUGAACAUCGGAGAUGACCUUAUCACCUCGCUUUUUGCUGCCAAGUUGGGCUUGGAUGACUGUUAGAUCUGAGGGCUUCCAAGGGGCUUCAUUUUAAGGAACCGUCAGGCUCUGCCCAUUCCUUGUUCAUUUCUUUCUUGAAAAGUGUCUUUAAGACAAGCUUGGAAAUUGAGGUUGACAUAAGAUUUUUAAAAUUCUCUGAGAAUGGACCUUCCUGGUGGCACAAGGAUUAAAGUCUCAGCACU